UUUACGCCGGUUUUGUUUUCAUCGCUAGAAAAUGAGCCAACCGGUGCAAAAUGGUACGGAUAACGACGUGCUGACCGAGUGUUACGAUCCGGUCGCCAUCCUGCUGAGUAGCGUAAAUCACGAUACUGAAAAUCUCACUGAAGUAUUACGACAAUGCGGUGUCAAGUACAACCAACUCAGUGGUCUGGUGGAGGAGGAUUUGCGACAAAUGGGCAUGAGCAACAGUAUGGCAAUAAAGGAAAUUUUGUCUGAAAUAUCCACUCUGUCCAACCAGCAGCGACUUUACGAUAGUGUGCUUCUUAACGAGUUCCGACCGCAGGAAUAUGUGGAAACUGUUUGUACUAACAGUACAGAGCACAUGGCAGUGAUGAGUUGCAUGAUGCGGUUGAUACAUCUUAAGACAAAAGCGUCCUUUCCACAUAACGUGCUGCUGGAUGAUCGGUAUUAUUCAUCGGAAUAUUGUCUACAGCAGACCGAAAAGAUUAAGGAAAAGCUGGACGAUAUUUAUUCCUGUAUCAACAUAACAGCAAACCGUGAAAGGUCACGAUCAUUCAAACGUAAAAUAGGCCUACCGUUAAUGUUAAUUGCCGGUGCAUUAGUGUUAUCGCUUGUUUACAAGAAAACUGCUUCCAUUUUGUCGUAGCGGUUCUUUAUGAUACCUUUGUGAUGCGUUGCAUUACGCUGUACGCAAAGCGUUGUCUGUAAAACAUUUAAGUAAUACAAUGAAAUACCUACCUAAGUUCGUUUUCA